GUUCCAACACUGUGAUGGAUUUCCGCCGGAGGCUGCUGGUGGACCUGGAGGGCAUUGGCCAGGGAGUGGCAAAACUGUUCAUCACAGCCAGAUGUCUCGUUCCUGAGCUGCGAGUGUACCCUGAAAUCCUGCUCUACGAUGAGUGCCACCUGAAGGUGCCCUACGAGAGGAAGUUCCUCGUUGCAAAUAACACCGACCUUCCUGGCUGCUAUGGGCUUAUUCCCCAGAAACGCAAGGAGAACUCUCCUGUGCUCUACUCCAGCCCCAAGCCCUGUGGGAUAGUCCAGCCUCACAGCUUCGCAGAGAUCCCAGUUGUGAUCGAGGUGCAGACAUUAGGGGAGCAUCGCACCAAUGUUCUCAUUGGCGUGUUUGGGGAUGAGAGAAACCCACGGAGAGUAGAAUUACGGAGCUCUGGAAAGCUGGCAGAAAUCUACCCAAGCACAAGGCUGAUAGAGUUUGGCAAGAUCCCAGCACUACAGCCUACUUCACGCAGCUUUACCCUCUUCAACGAAGGUCUCGUCCCUGCAGACUUCAGGAUGGAGGUCGCUCGCAAACCCCACUGCUGUGCCAUUGAACCCAGAGAAGGAGUGAUCCCUGCUGGGGGUGAGGUGCCUGUGUCUGUCACAGUAACCCUGGAUGACACGGGGCCUUUUGCUGUCCCUGUCCAGCUGUUCAUUGGGAACAGCCUUUGGACCGCCUUCGGGCUGGUGGCUUUGGGCACUGGCACCACGGUUGUCAUAGACAAGCCAUUCGCCCCGGAGCUCAACCUGGGAUACCAAUUCAGCCUCGUUCCCAGUAUUCAUCAGUUCAGAGUAACAAACAAGGGCCACCACUUCUAUCAGCUCUUCUGGAGUGUGGAAUGCUACAGGCCACCUGAGGAGGAGGGCCAGAGUGUCUCAGCCCUCAGCAGCUCCCAGGAUGAUUCCCAGAGCCCCGAACGUGCCAGCCCCGUGUUUGGGCUGGAGCCAGUGUCGAUGGACCUGAAGCCAGGACAGUCUGAGGACAUGGUGCUGCGAGGCUUCUCCCACAUCCCACAGGUGAGGUCCCCACCACGGGCUGAGCCUGUGGAACCAUCAGAUCCCCUCCCCUGGGCUUGCUCCACAGUCCCUUGGCAUUUGCCUGGGGAAAUGAGCAGAGGCCUUCAAGAAACUCCCUCAGAUCGGCCGUGUGUGAUUUACAGCUCGUUAUCAGAUCAGCCCAAAUAU